AUGUGCCAAAACUUCCAUCCAUUCCCGAAGGUCAUCCGAUCAUUCCACAGGCAGAGACAACAAGGCACUGCCUUGAGCCAUCAACAAAGCACAACCAUGCCUAAACUACAGCUUGUCGUCACCGAGUCGCCGCGCAUUGUGAGACCCUCCCGGCGUCGCUCAGUCGAAACCUCCCUUCGAUCUAUCUUUCUAUCCGGCAAUAGCUCCCAGCUAAACAACCAACGUCUCUUACCCCCGGCAUCUUCAAAUUCCCUUCAACUCGUCCCAUCAUACCAGCGUCACUUUUCAUCGGUAUCCUAUCGGACGUCAUCUCCUUUAAUACAAAAGCAUGCCGUUAUUCUUCAUCAACAGAGCUCUCCGAAGCUCCAGGAGACUACCUCCGGGUCAAUCCCGAUAAGGCAUAAUGGCGUCUACGUAGCGACGUUUAAUCCGGCUCGAAGAGCUUUCCAUCAGACCGCGGUUGUGAAGAAGGACCAUCAUUUUGAUACACUUAAGGUUGUACAGCGUCUAAAGAAUGAAGGGUUCAGCGAGGAGCAAGCCGUCGCCCUGAUGAAAGUUAUGUCAGAUGUUAUCGAAGAGUCGAUGCAGAAUCUCACACGGGCAAUGGUAUCAAGAGAAGAUGCCGAACGUUCCGCGUAUACCCAAAAAGUCGAUUUUGCUAAACUCCGCUCCGAACUGUUAAACUCGGAUUCAACAGAGGCACAGCUUACCCGCUCGUCGCAUGAUAAAAUUGCGGGAGACCUAGCCAAACUUAACUCUCGAUUGAGAGAUGAGAUAGGCCGAACGCAAGCUUCUGUUAGGCUGGAUCUGAAUCUCGAAAAGGGGAGGAUACGUGAGGAAUCUAAUGGACAAGAGAUGAGGAUAAAAGAGACAGAGACCAGAAUUGAGCAGGAAGUAGCUGGUGUUAGGGAAAGAGUUGAGGCUGUGAAGUUCUCAACUCUCCAGUGGCUAAUGUAA